CAGAGCGCACUGAGUGCGGAAAUAGCUGCGCGUCGUAAUUUUAGUGGAAUCGGGGCAACGCGGCCGCGGCCCGAAAUAGCGGCGCGUGCGUCUUCCCGCUGUCAAUUUCGUCCGGAUAGGGUGCACGAUUAGCAGUUACCGGCGGCUCUUCACAGAGCCCGGAGACCGUGGGUGCAUUUCCCCGUCCCGGCUCGCUCCCGAACUGCACGGUUGCAUAAGUGUUACAUACCUACAACUAUGUGUCCGAAAAGCUCGCUACGUGUCCAGAAAGUGUAUCUGUUCUCUCCAGUGUUUUAAGUUAUAACCUCCAGGAUUAACUGAAAAUUAAGAUGUUAAAAGGCCGGGGUCGUGCCUCGGUGGGAACUCCGCAGUUCCCACGCCCGGCGCCGGGGACGCCACAGUUCGCACGCCAGACGCCGGGCACGCCGCAGACUCGCCAAGUGCCCAGCACGCCACAGUUCGCACGCCAGGCCGCGCCUGCCCCGCGCGCGCCCCUCGCCAAGCCGGAGCCAGACUACGAGGUGGUGGAGUUCCCUGCCGAGGAAUAUGUCAACGCCAAGUUGCAGCCACCGCCUACGCCUCCGAGACCGCCGACAGGUCACCCAGUGGAUGCGGGCGCCUCAUGCGGGCUGUGCGGCGGCGGCGGCGCGCGCGUGCGCUGCGCCGAGUGCGGCCGCCGCGCGCUCUGUGCCUCCUGCGAUGACAUGUACCACCGCCAUCCCAAGCGCAGACACCACCAGAGACAGGCUCUGUCCGUGACGCAGUUACGCGAAGAGCAGCGUCCGCCGCUGCCGCCUAAAACUACCGCUCCAGUGCCACCGCCUCGACGGCACAAGAUAAGCGGAGACCGAUCGAGUGCUAGCCCUAGACCUCCCUUACAAGAGCAGCCACGUCGAGCUACGCUCGGUUCCAUCAACACUAUGACGGCACAAAACCAAGCACCGGCACGACCUUUAAGCAAUCACGGUGUUCCGCAGCCCAUACCUCCCCACCUGAGCAAGAUAUUGCCGCCGGCGCCUUCCGCUCAUGUUGGCAGCAUGCCUUAUUUGCCGACGAGUCCGUUUCAUGCUGCCGCUCCCGCGCCCCAAGCCAUGCCGUACCACAACAACACGAUGGGUCAUGCGCCGCAGACGUGGGGGCGGCCCAGGGCGUCCCUGCCGCCUUAUAACAUGCAAGUUCAACAGCCAAUGUUGCAUGAACCAUGGGACGGGCCCGAGAUGUUACCUCUAGCUCAGACCUGGGGCCGGCCCAUGCGCCGCGGUACCUCGGUGCUCGAGCUGGGCCAGCCGGCGCCGCCGUGCCCGGGCUGCGCGCACUGCGCCGGCGCGCCGUGGCGCUACGGCAGCUGCGCCAGCCUCGACCCCGGCGCGUGGGGUUGGCAGUGCUGCCCGCCGCAGCAUAUGCAUCCGCACGCUCAUAUGCAUUCGGCGAUGACGCCUCAACCUUAUCGCAGAGCCGACAGCCGCGCAAGGUCUCGCGCGGCGUCCCGCGCCGGUUCCCGCGCCGCGUCCCCUGCCAUGAGCGUGCGCUCGCGCGCGUCGCGCCGCACCAAGCACCGCACGCCGUCGCCGCCGCCGCUGCCGUCCAGCGACGCCGACUCCGAGAGCGAGCAGAGCGAUCAUCGCGAGCCGCCGAAACUGCAAAGUCCUGCUAGAAAAAUUACUCAGCCUAAAGUCCAAAGUCCGGUGCGGAUAGCUACUAGUCAACGCGAGGUAAAAGAAGACAGUUUAGGGCCGGUGCCCCCGCCGCCGGAAUCGUCGUGGCAGUGCGAGCACUGCACGUUCGUGAACGAGCCGGGCGAGCGCGUGUGCGCCGUGUGUUGCCGCACGCCGACCACGGCGCCCAAGGUCGUGGCCAACGGCGCCGCCGACGCCGUGGCGAACCUACACAUCUCCGACCCGACUGGCCCAAGUGCCACUCGCCAGAAACAAACACUGCACGUCCGUGAACGAGCCGGGCGAGCGCGUCACUGCACGUCCGUGAACGAGCCGGGCGAGCGCGUGUGCGCGGUGUGUUGCCGCACGCCAACCACGGCGCCCAAGGUCGUGGCCAACGGUGCCGCUGACGCCGUGGCGAACCUACACAUCUCCGACCCGGCUGGCUCAAGUGCCACUCGCCAGAAACAAAAUGGCGAGGUAUCCAAAGUCCAGUCGAAAAUAGAGAAGUCUUCUACCGGUUGCGGCCCAUCCCAGCCGAGGGAAAACAAAGCUAAUAGGCAACCAACAAGCCGGCUCGUUACGCCAGUGCGGGACGUGAACGACCAGUCUCGGCGACACGACAUGGCCGUGGGGCCAUCGCCGCCCAAGGAAGUUCGGAAUAGGGAAGUCAAUGGCAGAACAACCUUUAAUGGAAAUGAACAAGCGCGGCACAGCGUAUCUGUCGGUCCAUCACCGCCUCGCGAGGAAACCCGUUCCGUGGCGCGAACACCCCCGGACCCACCAACACGGCAUACCAUUUCGGUGGGUCCUUCACCGCCACGAGAGAGCACGAACCAAAAAAAGUCCGCUGGUGCUUCCCCGCCUCGGGGAAGCGUUGAUCACCGCGGACGGUCGCCGUUUAGCCGGUCGAGUGUUUCCAAUACGGGUACAUCACCACCACCUCAAAGUAUUUCAACUCAGACGUAUGAAGUUCCAACACCAUGGGAGCGCGAGCGUGAGCGAGAAAAAGAACGCGAGCGAGAGAAGGAACGCGAGCGAGAAAAGGAACGCGAGCGAGAGAAGGAACGUGAGCGAGAAAAGGACCGCGAGCGAGAAAAAGAACGCGAGCGAGAAAAGGAGCGCGAGCGAGAACGGGAACGUGAACGAGAGCGGGCUAAGGAGAGGGAACGAGCUCCAUCGGUCCCGCGGUCGCGUUCCCGUCGGCGGUUACGGGACGAAGCUCACCGCGAACGCUCGCACAGCAGGCAUUCGCUAUCCAGUGACACACGGGAGAGCGAGCGCAGCGCGCGCACCACCGGGCGCUGGGAGUGGCGCUCGCCGCGCGACAGCAGCCCGGCGGGCGACAGCGACGCCGGCCGCCGCCGCCUCACGCGCCGCGCCUCGCACCUCGACCUGCGCCGCGCGCGCCCUCAGCGCCGCUCCAGCUUCUACGGCUCCGAGGCGGCGUCCCCUGAGCCGCUGGCAUACAACCGCACGGUGUCGAUGGAGGGUCUGGGAGUGGGCGCGGCGCGCGAGGCGGAGCGCGGGCUGGAGCUGGCGCGGCUCAUGGACGCGGCCGAGCGGCUCGGCUUCAGCGCGGCGGAGGUGCAGGCGGCGCUGGCGCAAAGCCCCGCAGCGCCACUGGCAUGGCUGCGCGAGCGCUGGCCGAGCCUGGUGGCGGGCGUGCAGGCGGCGGCGGCGCGGCUGGCGGCCGGCGCGAGCGUCACGGAGCUGGAGGCGCGCGCCGCUCUAGCGCGCCACCGCGCCGCCAUGUGGCCCGCCGUCACCGAGUGCGUCGAGCGCCACCGCCGGCAGGCGGAGGAGGGCAGCGUCGGUGAGGAGCGGCGGCUGCGCGGGCGCGUGUGGGGCUCGCCGGCCGGCGCCGACGUCGACGCCGCGCCGCCGCCGCCGCUGCCCGCCGACCGACUAGUGCGUGCAGACGACAGUUCAGAUGAAUUCGAAGAGCCGAUACCGAAAACAUUUCAAGAUGAUGACUGGAUGUACUUGCCACUCCCGGCUAAAACUCCGAGCGUGUUUGACAUGGAUCUUGACAGAGAUAUUUGGGGUUUACCCUUUCACAUUAAGCUGGACAAUUUAGGAAAUAAUAUUGCUUCGGUUCCGAUAGAUUUCGCAUCGGUUCCACCAGACUUUGCUUUAACUCCGACAGAUUUUGCUUCGGUACCGACAGAUUUAGCUUCAGCUCAAACAAAUUUCACGUCUAUUCCGACUAGUAGUAAGGUAAAGGCAGAGAAACUUACGAGUGCUCCUGAUAUUCCAAACACACAAGAGAAAGUAGACGCAAUAGAUACUGAAGACAUAGCUCAAAAAUUAAAAGCGUUACUUAUACAAGCAGGGAUUCCGUCCAUCAAUGAAAAUUUACUUUUGAAAGGUUUACUAGCAGAUAACAAUAAUCUGGAACAAAGCAAAGAUACUACUAUAGAUAAUAAUUCAGAACAAAUAUUAGAUAGCAAUAAUUUAGAAGUAAGAACAGAUACUAAUAUUAUCGUUGAUAACAAACCAAUACAAGUAGCAGAUAGUAAUAACGUGAAAAAUGAGAAGGAUGCUAACGUUACUUUAGAUAAGAAACCGGAACAAACACAGUCGCUCGACCUCGGCCAAUCAGAAAAUGAUUUCAUAAAUGCUUACAAUGCAUUGACUAGGCACAGCCCUUUACCUAGCGUUAGUCAAGAUGGUGCUGGUGAUAGUCUAAAUUUAAGUAACUUUAAUGCGAGUAGUAAUAAGGUAACAUUGAAUGAUAAUAAUGCCGAAUUCCUUAAAACUACAGAAACACUACCGCCAUCUGAGCAAGACAAUGCAAUUAAGAUUGUGCCAAUUAAUGGUCAAAUGAGAGAUAUUAUUUCAAACGUUGCUUUGGAUACCACGGUUCAAGAAGCUGUAUCCAAUGUAAGUAAAGAAAAGACUGAAACAGAAAUAUUAAACUAUGUUGAAACUACCCCAACAAAUUUUGAAAGUAGAAAUCAAACUUCUGCUAAAUAUAUCAUGAAGUCAAAAAAUAAAUUAGUUACAGCAAAGAAGUCACCCGCAAACACAACAGAACGCGAGAAUAUUGUCAUAGACAAUGAUUCAAAGAACUUGAACGAUAUUGUAGAUAAUACUCAAAAACUUAUCCAGCAAAUGAAAGCUGAAAUUAAUUCAGACAUUAAUUCUCUCGAUGAUUCAAACUCAUCACAUAGUGAGGGUAAUAAUAGUUCUAAUGACUCUGAUUUAUCAACUGAUCAUGAAUCUUCAUACAGUGAAUCUGAUGCGGAAACUGAAGACUUAACUACAGAAAAUAAAGAUUAUACAAGUAGUGAAAAUGAAGACGGAGAAAUGCAUCAAAAUACCGGAAAAGGCACUCCAGUCUUAGAUAGGACCAGUUCUGAGGAAAACGAACAAUUUGAGGAAGCAAUGGAUCAUAUAGAAGCACAAACCGAUGCCAUACAACAAACAAACUUUGAAAUACUAAAUUCCAUCGCACGGAGCCUUCAAGAAGAACAUACAAUAUCUGUUCAGUUAGGAACAGACACAGAAAAAAUAGAAACACGUCCAAAACGUCAGGACGUCAACAACAAUUUUGCUACGGUUAAUACAUUUGAAGAGAUUUAUGAAGAACUUAGCACGGACCAACCUAUGACACAGAAAAAGCAAAAAUCUAAUUCUGAACAAGAUUCUAUGGUACCUAAUAUCCAAAAUCCGCCUUAUAUUAAACAAGAUAUAAACCUAAUGGUUUUCAACCCUGUACCCGCAUCAGUAGCAACAGUAAGUGAAAAUAUACUACCGAUAAUAAUAAAUGCAACUAUCGAAGAAUUGCCAUUCAUAGACGAACCACUAGAAACCCAUUAUGAUUUGUUAGAUAAUGCAACUACCGUAGAAUUAAACAUUAAGGAAUCUUCCGAAGAAGAUAAUGAUGAUAAUGCUACUAAUAUUAAUCAAGUCGUAGAAAAUAUUGCUAAUGACGCCAGUAUUGAUAUUGAAAUGGAUAUCAAAACUUCUUCUUCAUCGCCAAAUAACAUUAACACUACUGAUGAAAUUGUGGAACAACUAAUUGUAAUCACAAAUACCCUUCAAAGUAAUUUGAACGAAAUAGAAAGUUCUGAAUUAUCUCAAUCUGAUAUUGCAAACACUCAUAAAGAGGAUGAAGAUAAGGAAAUGCAAAUAAACAACGACAUCGAUAAUAACACGCCUCAGACUGAAGGCAUAAGUAUACAUAACCAAGUUAUUGAAGCAAUACCAGAGUCGAGAUCUAGUACAUCACCAGAUAAAAAAUCAUUAAGUCCUCCUAAAGAUGAGAAGAAUACUCCCACCAGGUCCAACAUACCAAAGCCUGUUAAAAUCUUGCCCAGCAUUAAACAGAAAGUAGACAAGAUUGCUCCGAAGGUACUUGUUUCCAAAGUACCUGUACGGCGAGCAUCUAUAAAACAGAUUCCCGCACCGAGUCCCCCUAAAGCUCAUUUUGGGAAUAUCAGCAGCGGCCAUGUGAAGCAACUGCAGUCUAGGUUAUUUAAUCCAAAAACUGGAAAAGCACCAGCUCCGGUACCUCCAGCAGCAAAUAGUAUAGAGGUUAAACCGUCAACAUCGACUUUGAAUAAGAAGAAGCCUGCUCCGCAACCCCCUGCGAAAGCACAACAACUUAAACAACCCUCUCCGCCAAAAACGCCUUCAAAAGAAAAGAAGCAGCCAUUUUUCCGCGAAACAUGUCACACUGAAGACGAAUGGACGGAGAGUGAUUCUGACGAUUCGCAAGUGCAAGUCGUGGUCAAGCCAGAGCCGGAGCCGGAGCGACGACCGCCAUCGCCGCCGCCGCCGCUCACUUUGCGUCGUGUCUCGGGACAGCUGAUCGACUUGGCUCACGUGCGGCUUCCGGAGGGCUCACCUGAGAGACAAGCGCGUAUGCUGUUGGCCGAAGGCGCGGCCGAGAGCUGGGAGCAGGCGCAGCUGGCGGUGGAGCUGGUGGCGCGCGGCGCCGACGCUCCCGCCGCGCUGCUGGCCGCGCUCGAGUGCGCCGACCUGCCCGCCGCGCUCGCCUACCUGCACCAGGACUGCGAGCUGUGCGCCUCCCGCCUGCCCGAGCACCAGAUGGUGUCAAUGCUGCGCUGCACCCACCGCUGCUGUCGCGAGUGCGCGCGCCUGUACUUCACCGUGCAGGUGACGGAGCGCAGCGUGGUGGACUGCGUGUGCCCGUACUGCAAGGAGCCCGAGUUAGAAACGUUGGAAGAGGACGCCUGGCUCGAGUACUUCGCGCACCUCGACAUACUGCUCAAAGUGCUAUUAGACGCAGACGUGCACGAAUUGUUCCAGAGAAAGUUGCGAGACCGGACUCUAGCGAGAGACCCGAACUUCAGAUGGUGCGUGGAGUGUUCGUCGGGAUUCUUCGUGCAUCCGAAGCAAAAGAAACUUCGGUGUCCCGAAUGUAGGUCGGUCAGCUGCGCCACUUGCAGGAAACCGUGGUCAACGAAUCACGAGGGCCUGAGCUGCGAGCAGUACGCCGCGUGGCUGGAGGACAAUGACCCCGAGCGCUCGGCCGCCGCCGUGCAGCAGCACCUCCGCGAGAACGGACUCGAGUGCCCGCGCUGCCACUUCAAGUACUCGCUGUCUAGAGGCGGCUGCAUGCACUUCACGUGCACGCAAUGCAAGUACGAGUUCUGCUACGGCUGUGGAAAACCGUUCACUAUGGGCGCGCGCUGCGGCCUCAGCGACUACUGCGCGCGGCUAGGGCUGCACGCGCACCACCCGAGAAACUGUCUCUUCUAUCUGCGCGAUAAAGAGCCGCAUGAACUGCAGACGCUAUUGCAGAUGAACAACGUAACAUUCGAAGUGGAGGCGCCAGAAGGGUCUCCAACUCGCUGCCCGGUGCAGCUGCAGCGCGAGACGCCCACCGGGCUCGUGGACAGCGCCUGCAACGCCGACGCGCCGCCCAAGCACGCCGGCCUCUGCAAGAACCACUACCUGGAGUACCUGAGCCGGCUGGUGCGGCGGCGCUCGCUCGACCCGCUGCCGAUCCUCGGCAUCGACGACCUGGAGACGCUCGUGAAGCGCGCGGCGCUGCGGCCGCCGCCGCGGCCCUACGGCUCGCUCGACGGCCUGUACCGCCGCAGCCUCGUCGAGAUCGUGAAAGAAAAAAUACCCUUGGAUUGAUGGCCGUUUCUCUACAUGCCUACCAUCAUAUAGAUUCAAACAUCACAAGAAGCUACUUGUAUUCCAGUCUCUUGAAAUGAUAUUGUUAUUUAUAUUAUUUAUUAUAAAAUAAAAUACCUAUAUUGCUUUA